AUGGCCUUCCGGCCAGUGCCCACGCGCCACCAGGCGCCGUCCUCUGGCGCCCUACGCUCCUCCUCCUCCUCCGCCGCCGAAGCCCUCCACGGCAACACCGUACCCCCUCUCCGCUGCCGACGACUUCCUCCGCCGCGCGCCGUCGACACUCUGCUGUGUUGCACGCCUCCAACAACUUCGCGCCCUGUACACUGCCCAACGAGCAGGGUGGAAGAAGUGAUGGAUGAUAAGAACAGCAAGGCUGAUAUGCAUGUGGAGUACAUGGUACAAUUCCCUGUCUCUUCUGAUGAUGUGGAGGAAGUGCUUCCUACUCCUCCACUAAGAUCUGAGGAUACUCUGAGAUUCAGUACAAGGAAUGUGCAGAACAUGGAGGACAAGAUACAAGAUAGAGCUGUGGCCAUUCCAAAAAAGAGGAACCUUGAAGGUCUGAUGAAGCAAGAGGACGCGGUGACGCUAAGAACUGGAGGGGAAAAGCUGAAAGAGAACGCUUCUCGGCUGAUGAGGAUAUGCGCGACGGCCUAUCAGGAAGAAGGAGCUCGUUGAAGGAGGGGUGAUUGUGAUCUUGCUCUUUAUUUUGAUAGUCUGAUGACCUUCUGCGUGAGGAUGGUUGGGGCCUGUUGCCCUGGUUGGAGUUGGUUAUAUGUUUUGGUCCAGUCGUAGACGGUGCUUUGCUUUGGGUAGAACUUGGAUUAUAUAGUGACGUCGGGUUUUCGCCCCACAGUGAGUAAUCUCGAUGGCGAGUGCUCAUGGUGGGUUUCCCGAUGAUGCUUGAACCUGCUUUCCUCUUU